UUCUCAUUGGAUUAGUUGCGAAGCAUCGCGUAUCUGUGGCUUUUUGGUUAUCGGAAUUGAAGUUAUCUUUCGUUCGAUUAUCCAGUCUGUGCUGCAGCGGAAUCAAAUUUUCUGAAUGUUUUUUGGUUCUGUUUCCGGAGUCUGAAUCGGGGUGAGAUACGAUUGAGGUUUGGGAAUGAGAAGAUUUUGAUUGGCGGUGUUCUCUAAUCUAGGUUUCGAUUGAAAUCUCAUUUUUUUCCGUGCUCAUAUAUCGGUUUUAGACAUACUUUCAAUUCGUGAAAAUAGCCUCUCGUAGAAUGGGUUGGCUGCGCAAGUUUUUUAAAGGUUCAAGCUAUGAGGUUUCAGAAGGGCAAUACCAUGGGAAACCUGGUGGUGAUGGAGCUUGGAAUGAAUCCUGUAGUUCGCAAUUGCCCCUGUCAAGACAUGAAAGUGAAGAUAUGGAUCAUGCUAUUGCACUUUCUCUUUCCGAAGAAGAGCAAAUGAAGGCAAAAACCACUGGUUGGUGCAAUGAAAACGAACCUAAUGUGGAGGAUGAUGAACAACUUGCAAGGGCUUUGCAAGAAAGCUUGGAUAUCAACUCAGCUCAGCAAAACAAAGAUUCCCCCCCUCGGCAUAACGGACGCAUUUAUAAUCCACCAUUUUUUUUCCCAACAAGGUCCAGGAUUUGUGCUGGAUGCAAGAAACAAAUUGGUAACGGAAGAUUUCUUAGCUGUAUGGAUUCUGUUUGGCAUCCAGAGUGCUUCCGUUGUUAUGCAUGUGAUCGACCAAUAACAGAUUAUGAGUUUUCUAUGUAUGAAGAUCACCCCUACCACAAGUCAUGCUACCGGGAACUCUAUCAUCCAAAAUGUGAUGUUUGUAAGCAAUUUAUUCCAACUAACAAGGAUGGACUCAUAGAAUACCGUGCACACCCUUUUUGGAUGCAAAAGUAUUGUCCUUAUCACGAAGAUGAUGGUACUCCAAGAUGCUGCAGUUGCGAAAGGAUGGAGGCUAGAGAAACAAAAUAUUUAACUUUAGAUGAUGGGCGGAAGCUGUGCCUGGAAUGUUUGGAUUCUGCAACAAUGGAUACCCAUGAGUGCCAACCUCUAUAUCUCGAUAUUCAAGAAUUUUACGAAGGUCUAAACAUGAAAAUUGUUCAGCAGGUUCCAUUACUUUUAGUCGAGAGACAAGCACUAAAUGAAGCCAUGGAAGGAGAAAAGAAAGGGCACCAUCACCUUCCAGAAACCAGAGGACUCUGCAUGUCAGAAGAGCAGAUAGUCAGCACAAUAUUGCGGAGGCCAAGGUUUGGUCCAGGAUAUAGAAUCAUUGAAAUGAUUACAGAGCCGUACAAGGUUACUCGACAGAGUGAAGUAACAGCAAUUCUCAUUCUUUAUGGGCUACCAAGAUUACUGACAGGUUCGAUUCUCGCACAUGAAAUGAUGCAUGCUUGGAUGCGACUCAAAGGUUAUCGAGGUCUCAGCCCAGAUGUGGAAGAAGGCAUUUGUCAAGUUCUGGCUCAUAUGUGGCUUGACUCCGAGAUCAUCGCAGGUAGUGGCAACGUUCCAUCUUCCUCUUCUUCCUCUUCAACACCCUCAUCAAAGAAAGGUACAAGAUCACAAUUUGAGAGGAAGCUCGGAGAAUUCUUCAAACACCAGAUCGAGUCGGAUUCUUCCCCUGCUUAUGGAGACGGUUUUCGUGCUGGUAAUGAGGCAGUCCUCAAGUAUGGUCUCAGAGCUACUCUGGAUCAUAUUCUGUUGACUGCAAGCUUCCCAUUAUGAAAGCAUCCAUGAGUUUUUCUCAUAUAAGCUUCAGGGCCAGGUAAAUCCUAUAAAGAACUCCUUCAAAAACUUAUACGAGAGAGCUAUCUUCAUCGUUUAUCUUACAUCGAGAUUUGUAUUUUUCAUUAUAUCAGGACUUAUGAAUACAAAUCUCAAUGUAAAAAUGAUCGUUGAUAUCAAAUUUCUUAUAGUAUUUCUUUUCGCUGCAUAAGACCAGAUUACAUAUAUAUAUUUACACAUAUGAAGAUAAUAAAAUAGAGUACACAUAAGAGGAGCUCUUCAUGUAUCAUUUAGAGUCAUCAUUAGCGACUCUAUCUUAAUAUUUAGGUGCAUAUUGUAUAGUUAAUAAAGGGCUUGUCAUCAUUUUCUUUGUAACUAGCUAUGCUGGUGUGGCAUUUUAUGGUGUAUUGAACAUAUUAUAUGUAGAAAGUAUCUCUACAAAAUAUGUGCAAACUGCCAUACUAUAUUAUGAAUAAUGUUGUGUACUUAUAUGCUUCUUAUCCUCAUUUUGUUACUGUUAUCUGAA